GAGGAAAAAAAGUGGAGCACAGACAUGUGAAAACAUCCCAAAACAAUCUGACAUGGACUGCUGAAGUCUGUCUGGAGAAAGAAGAGAAGGGUGGAAGGUGGAUUAUUCAAAAUCCAAGUGUACUACAUCACAGUAAAUUAGCUCAGAAAAGCCGUGUUGAAGUGUCGGCCAACAGGUCUGCCACUGCGAUGGAGAACUACAGCAUAGACGAUUCGUUUCAAUUUAAAACAAAGAGCGCAAUGUCAAAACCUUUGCGUCUUCUGUCCAACACAACUGUACAUCAUCGUUCAGAUGUAGAGAACGCGGAGGAGCGGCAGAGAUAUGAGAGGAUGGUGGGCGAACCUCUGCAGGCCGUCGAUGCCGAGCAACAGGAGCUGUCAGGUCGCAGGAAACCAGCAUUAGUCAGAUCAAAGACCUUCGAUCACUCGCUGCUGACUCAGGUCCAGACUGACGCAGACUCAAAGAUCGAGAGGAAGAAGUCUCACUACAGCCAGCUUUCGAAGAGCAACUGCCAAUACCAUAAAAUAUUUAAGGAGAUCAGCAAAGAGGAACAGCUCAGACAGAGUUACACCUGUGCUCUGCAGAAGGACAUCCUCUACCAGGGACGGAUGUUUGUCUCCGACCACUGGAUCUGCUUCCACUCCAAGGUGUUUGGCAAAGACACGAAGAUUGCCAUCCCAGUGGUGUCCAUCACGCACAUCAAGAAGACCAAAACUGCCAUCCUGCUGCCAAACGCUCUGGUGAUCGCCACCGCUAACGACAGGUAUGUCUUCGUGUCCUUCCUGUCCAGAGACAACACUUACAAGUUCUUGAUGUCCAUCUGUCUUCAUCUGGAGGAGAAGAGUCCAUGCAGCAGUCCCGUCCCCUCCUCGGCUGAGAACAGCUUCAGAGGUCAGAGGUCACCCCUGUCGGCUCGCUUUCCUCUGAGUUUUCCGGGUGAUUUCUGCGACCUGGAUGGAGCGGUGAGACAGAGGAGGCAGGAGAUGGAGGAGAGCAGCAGCUCCGACUCCCAGACCCCGGACUACGACAAGAUAGCAGAGUUCCCCGUUCCUCAGUUUCUAGAUGUGUUGAAGCACGCAGACAGUGGAGCUCCUCCUGAACAUCCAGACCAUCAGCAGCACAAAGUCAAGAGCCAGCACCAGAACCAGCACCAGAACCAGCACCAGAACCAGCACCAGAACCAGCAGAGCUCAGACAAGAAGCAGCACGACGCGCACCACACUGGCUCAGAUUUGGUGAUUGACAGCAGAACUCUGAAAUCAGUUUCUCUCAACACUGUGCUGUUUGUCUACCUGUUUCUAGUGUGUGUCCUGGUCUUGUCGUCGUGUUAUCUGGCCUUUAAGAUCUCCUCGUUGGAGCAGAGACUGACGACGCUCGGCUCCAUCACCGAGUUCACCCACCAGGAAAACGAUUUUCUGCGUGGGAGCGACGGGAACGCAGAGAUUUUCUCUGAACUACUGACCAUCAACCUGCUGAAGCUGGAGAAGGUGCAGAAGAACCUGCAGAGACUGCUGGACGAAGCCGCCUGACUGAACUGGAAACCAGUUUCAUUUGCUGCAGACGGCUCUGUACAAAAACUGUAAAUAUGUAGUUUAAACAUAAACGAUGGUCUAAAUACUGAGAAGUAUUAAAUACUGUGAUACAAAGGGCUUGAAAAUGAUGACAUGCACAAACACUUUAUUGUGAAAGGGUGUUUCACUUCCCUCUGUGGUGAGUUUCACCUGUGACCACACCCACCUGUGAUGUCACAGUGUACCGACACACCUGGAGUACACGUCGAGGGACAGAAUAUUUUUUGAACACAAUAGUAUUAUGAAAGUACUGCAUCUGUUGGGUGUAAAUGUACACGCGGCAGUAUUUUUAAGGCUGGGAUACUUCAGGAGAUCAGAAACUGUGUUUUUUUCUCUCAGUGGAACAAAAUCAGCUCAUGUUUCUGUGUUUACUUUAAAGGAUUUUGACCUCAGCUGUUUUUUUUGUUUGUUUGUUUUGGUUUUUUUGGGUCACUGAACUCACUUCUGUUUACGUCUGAAGGGAUCCAGGUUUAAGUCCACAGAGCUGGAUUUAUCUUCAGACUUUGGUCCAGUUUCAUUGCCGACACAUUUCUGUCUACAGCAGUGACGCUCAACUUGCUUCACUCUGGGGCCCAAUUUUUCACAAUGACAGCAGGCCAGGGGCCAAUCACAGCAGCCCCAUAUGUUUUAGCAUGUUUCUAGGACUUUAGGU